UUAUAGCUGAAAUAAUUACGCGGAGCCUUGUUCUUGUCCAAUGGAGGUGAAGGUGUCAUUACGGAGACGAGAUAAUAAUGGCAGGUUUCAUCACCAACUGCUCAUCCUCUCAUUUUAUACCCAAACAUGAUGUGACGCCCACCCAGCCAACGCAUACAUAAAAUCGCCAUUGGAACCAGCUCAACCAACACGGGUGUGGGUGGGUUUUGUACGAAAGCGUUUGUCUCUCCGAGCUACCCGGCGUUUUUGGGAAGGAAUCGAUCCGUAGCCCAGUCACACUUAAAGGUAGGUGUACCCACACUUAACGAAGCGUACCUUAUUUUGCUUAAACCAGUCACCCGUAUCCUCCAUCCAUAUUCACGUCGUCAUGUUGUUGGCAAUAUUUUGUGACAUGUACAGAAAACUUGCCACCACGUCACAAAAGUUCAGAGUUCUUACUCGUUCUUCCGAGGGUUUGUUUGAAACCGGAAAGUUUCAAUAUGUAUGUAUGAAAUGAAGUUUAGUAAAUCGGAGAAAAGCUGUCAAACAUUCAUCGUCGUACGUGCAUAUGUAUGUACAUACACCCACCCGUCACCCAUCACUCCAAGUCGGUUGGGUUGACGUUUUUCAUAACUAAACCAGCUCGGAAAUUGUUAUUGCAAACAUUCCCUCUUCUCUUCAACUUAUGUAUUUUGAUUUGGCUAGAAUUUCGGAAUUUGAUUGAAGUCAGACCCUACAAAAUAUGUAUGUACAAAUCCUUUUUGGUGUGUAGGAGAGUGUAUAUAAGGUUUCAUUUAGUGGGAGCUGUAUUAAAGGUCGUUAGCUCGCUUGGCGUGGUAAAGUAAAAGUAAUUUAAGAAAAUAAUAGAGAAAAAAAGAAGUUGCCUUGUUUCCAGUUCUAGAGCUGGUUAAUAAAGAUGAGAUUUGGCUGGAUGGAUGAAAGCAUUUAUUUAAAAGCAAGUAUGACAGGAAGACAGUCAACUCAAAAGCUGAGAAUGUUUGUUCAUGUCAUUCUGUGAAAUGGGUGAAAACGGAUAUGUUAUUUUUCUUUUUGGAAAAGAGCAAGCCUGUUCUUCUCACUCGGGAACUAAACUCUGUAUUGUUUUGGAAGAUAUGUAUGUAUUUACGAGGCCAAGUUAAUAAUUAGUAAAAAAAAAAAUUGUAACAUAAAAUGAUUUUAGGAACAGGGAAAAAAUAAAAUAGGAGGAAAAACUUCCGUUUUCUGGGCAAAUGCAACCCGAUAUUAUAUAAUUAUUUCAUUCAUAUUUAUUUCUCAUGAUAUAUUCGAUUACGUUCCUGUUUAGGGUUUAAUGUGUACUAAAAGGGUUGGAAUAUAGUUAUUAUGCAACCUUUCAUAACAAACAAAGGAGGCAAAAUUCAUACAUACAACUCAAUCUCUUCUCUUCUUCUCUGGUAAUAAAUAAAUGGGAAGGAAAUGUAUUUAUGAUUUUGAUUUUCGUAAUAGAUAAUAAAUCACGGCCUUUAUUUUAUUGACAAAUUCCGAUAAAAUAUGAGUGUUCGGAAUUUAUUUAUUAUUAGUUAAGUAAACUCUUCUUGUAAAUCAAUCCAUACACACACACAUAAAAUUUAUACGUUUCUUACAUCGGACACUCCUCAUGAUUAAUGCCUUGAAGUCGAACUGGACAAAAGGAAAAGUCACUUCUACUCUCACCUUAGGCAGGAAGUGAGGAAAGAAAAGUGUGGAUAAAUCGAUAAAGAAAGUGUGUAAGUAGCCGAGGGAAAAGUAGUCGAAGAUACACAAUAUUGUGCCAGAAAUAAUCCACUCUGGCGUAGGAAAUCUCUCUAAAAAAGCGACCUGAAUGCGUGGAUUGAAUUGAGGAUGAACAACCAACCAACCAAACCACAUCUGCUCUUUUUAUGAGAGCAUACAGGUAAGAUAUUAUUGACACGAUAUGCACGUAGUCAAUAGGGUUGUGCACGCAUUUAGCACUAAAUUUAGCCACGAAUUGCCACAUAUCACGUCUCCUACGUAUAUCCGUGGUGCUCUGGUUGGUAGUAAAUAGUGGGAUCAUCAUCAUCUUUUGGUAUUAUUUCCACAUCGUGAAGUGGGAUCGACUAGGAGUGCUUAACAGAAACUGAAAGUUGUUUGGAUUUGGAUGAUGUGGUGGAGUGGUGGAUUGUCAAAUAAAAGAGCUUUUUUCACGAGAUGAAGGUAAACUCUCAAGUCUUUGUGUUUGUUGUGGUUUCUGGUUCUCUCUCCCAUUGUACAAACACAGAUAUGACGAAUUGCACGAAAAUCGACCCGUGGAAAAAAAACUUGUUCUCGUAGAGAGUUUGACUCUGGACAAAACUGAACUUGCUACAUAUACUUAUCCAUCUGAAGUCUAGUCAUGACGAGAGGAGUAUAUAAAGUGUGUCUAAUCCAUGCAAAAUCUAGCCAAUGUCGUGCCAAAUGUCAAUUCGCGUUAAAUGCCACGCAGUUCUCGGAAUAAUGGUGAUGUAUUACGUAAAUGUUGCUCAAAGACGUGUCAGCAUAAUUUGCAUAUACAAUUUGUGUGGUAGUAGUUGGAGUAAUUCAGUACAGGAAUAUUUGUGUAAGGCGAAGCAAACUUUUUUGAAUAGGGAAAACAGGAAGUGAAAAUUGAAAGUCAGUUUAGUUCAGGUUUGGCUGACACUGACAUUUUGUCACAAAAAUAAAUAAACUUCGUACUAUUUACUACGGUUUCUUUUGCCGUUUCCAGACUUUUUCGGUCUUUUUUGGUAUACAGGAUGAAAAGUUGGGAAUAUUCUCAUGCAAAAUGCAGAUAUUUUCGGUUAUCGGGAAGAUAAAAUUGUUGCAAGAAAUAUGAUUCAUCUUGUCCGAAAAUCUUGCUGCAUGCAUAACCAAUAAAUGGAGUUCAAUGCAAUUGUCGUGUUUUCUGGGUUUAUCAGACUUUGAUAAGCACAAGGUGGAGGCGGAGGAGGACAUGCUGUGCAAACUGCAUAAUUGAUAUCACAAACUACUUUUUGAUUAAUUGGUCAUUAUUCAUCUAAAAUCUGUUGUACUGAGACGCUAAAUAUUUUCUAAAAUAUUCGUAACAUAUGGCCAUCUGCCCCCUCAGUCAAAUCAAACCCGUUCUCACCUUGGCCAAAGUACUGGGCUUAAAUUGGUUCGAAACUCAACACCACCACACCUGCCCUCCCCCAAAAACGUGCCAAGUUCGUUCCCACUGUUUCAGUAUUGGCAGCCUUAUCAACAUCCUCAUCACCGUGAUCGUUUCCUUCUCCGCGUUAUGGAUUCAGCUGAACGUUUGGAACUUUGUUUCCGCAUUUUUCGUCGGCGUGGAACAAUUCACUUACGGCUUGUACAUCAUUCUCUACUACUGGCAGACGCCCUCCAUCCUCAUCGUCCCCAGAUUCUCGUUCCGACCACUCCCCAAACUCUGGGGUCAAAUGUUGACCAUUUCAAACCAGUUGAACACUUUGAAAUGUCCCCCGUUUACAGCGCCCAAAAAAUGGGGAAGCCGAUUGGGUGUGGUCAGUUGGACGAUCGCGAUUGUUACGCUGAUUCAAAAUUUGGCGUAUAAUAUUUUCUUUACAUUUGCGAUCCAUUCCCUUUGCGAUAUUUUAGCCGAGAUGAAAGCAGAGGGUGUGGAGGGGAAUUGUUAUUCCGAAGUUUUUACGGCGAUUGGACUUCACACAACGUCCAUCAUGUUUUUCGUGGUUUGUAUUUGUCCACAGAUAAUCGUCCUGCUUUUCUUCGUGCAUUGCUUCGUCAUUAAGCGAUUGCUACGUUACACCCGUCACAUCCUGCACCACACUUUAUCCCCCGACAGCUCCGCUAUUUUCAUCUCGGAGCGAGAAAAGUGUCAACAACUCGUCCAACUGCGUCUCAUCUAUUCCGAGUUGGUGGAAAUAGUUCGAAAAAUCGGGAACUGUUUCGGCCUUCCAUUGCUGACCGUGUGCAUCUCGUCCAUCCUGAGCCUCACGGUGGCGACGUAUAUCAUGUUUUCGACUCAGAUGCCGGACUACGACAGCGGUGAGGUGAGAGGAGGUGCACCCUUGCUGGUCCUGUUGGCGUGUCAACUGUACUUCGCCGUGUACACGUUGAGCUUUCUCCUCGCCGGGGGAAACAUGGUGAAGACAGGGGGUGACAAGAUCCAUCAAACUCUGCACCGAUCGAAUCAUGUACCGCACAAUUAUUCGGUUGGGAAUUCAACUUCUGAUAUUCAGUUCCAGAUCACCAUGUUCCAAAAUACCGAGAGAACAAUCGUCUCCGUGUAUGGGAUCACUACUGUCGAGAUGAAAAUAUUGACAGCCGUGGUGGCCAAUGUGCUCACCUACUUUCUAAUUUUGGUCCAGCUGAAAAUUUCUCUAGAGUUGACGAGAGGUCCACUAAAUGGAGCGAAUAAUUCCGUCCUGACACCAUCCUCGUAGGGUCCUAUUAUUCGUAAAAUAAUGCAAAAUAUUGUGUACUUUUACUAUAUGCAAAUGUUGUGCGCCCCAAAUCUAUCAAUCCACUACCUUCUUUCUUAUGUAGUGAUAAGUUCAUUAAACUUUUAAAAACA